CACGAGGACAAAACUACUAGUCCAGUAAUACAAAAAACUGAAACCACAGGUCAAACUAAUGGACAAAAAUCUUAUGAAAAAAGUGAUAAAGAUAAAGCUGAAAAGAAAAAGAGACGAGGAAGUAUUAAAGAAUUAACAAACAUUUUUGAAGAAAAAAUUGAAAAUCUUGGUAAAGGGGCUACCAGUCCCUCACCAACUCAAGUGAAACUACGAUCUCGUGUUAGAAGUGUGUCUCCAAAUAGUGCUGUGAAUAAAUCACCAACUUUACCAACGAAUGUCCGACAUAGUAUGGAACUACCAAGCAGAGACUCUGCCCAUCAUGGUGAUGGAACAUUUAAAGGUGCAGACCCAAACAUUAAACUUAGUUCAGUACGAAUAGGCCCUAAACCUUUCUAUGGUGCUAAAUAAGAAUGCAUUUAAUGUUGUUGUUUUUGUUUACUUAAAAAAGUGUAAAAUUAAUUGAAAUUUUAUUGUAGCCUUUCUCUUUUGCAUUUAUUAUGGAUUAGUCUUAAACUUAAUUAAUAUUUUAACACAAUCAUCUAAGAAAAAAGGAGGGGUUUGAGAUUUUUAAAACAGCAUUUUUCUUUUUUAAAACAAUAUUUUGAUAAGCCAAUUUUACAUUAAGGUUGUUCCUUUUUAACCUGUCACUUUGUUUUAAUGUUAAGUUUCAAAUUUCAAGUGGAGUCUUGUGUUCUUAAUGAAAUUUUGGUAUAAGCUAAGGUAUGGUUUUUAUAACAAAAUCUGUAUGAAUGCAUAACUCAACAAAGAAAAAUGAUAAAAUUGAGUUAACACUGAUAAAUAUGUACAUUUGUGUAUUUAUUUUUUAUAUUUCAGUUAAACUUUAAAUAUGUACUUCUGUUGUUUUUUUUCUACAGUGUAUAAAAACAGUGUAUAUUUAGUAUGUAUAUAAUGAACAUAUGUAUUGUGUCAGUGUUUUUUUUCUAGUCAUAUAAGACAUAAUAAAUGUUGUGGUCAACUGACUUUAAAUUCAUAUAUUCUACAUGUAUACACUUUGAUUUAUUCUUAACAAUAAAUAUUCACAUAGAUAUAUUAUAAUAUGUUUAAAUUCAGUCAUAUACUCUUCCAUUUAACAUUUAAUCUUACAAAAUCUUUACACACAUCUUAUUUAAAUGGACUUGACCGCUUCAAACUUGGAACUGCCUGUUUUUACUGUAAAGGGUUUC